CUAAGACGUGAUCGGUGAUUGUGCCCUUUUGCCCUGCGGUGCGCGCGCAAGGGUCCCAAGGGGCUUAACUUCGCCCCCACGUCCACGCUCAUCCACUUGACAGCUAGCUGUACUCCCAGGGGCGGUGAGGCCAAAGAGCGCGCAGGCGCACUAGCCGGCUUCGCGUAGAGCGGAAUUCUAGGGCGGGAGGAGCGCUGGGGGCUCCCGGCUGUAGGGGCGCGCACGUAGGCACGCAGAAGUCAUCACGUGGGGCGCCGUGGAUCGCAGUGCGCGUGGCCGCGGUGGUUGGUGUGGGGUUGAGUCAGUUGAGACCCGGAGCUGCUGACCUAGCAGGCGUCUCACCAGCCCCGCGCCUUAACUGCAGGCAUUUGUGUGCUGGAGCCUUGAAGUGUCCGGGUCACAGAGUUUGCGGGGGCCGUCGCUGCUGUCUUCCCUCGUCCCCAGCCAGCAAACCGCCGCAGCGGGCGCGCCCCCGCUCUGCGCUGUCUCUCCGAUGGCGUCCACCUCUGGGGCCAUGGCGAAGCACGAGCAGAUCCUGGUCCUCGACCCUCCCACAGACCUCAAAUUCAAAGGCCCCUUCACAGAUGUAGUCACUACAAAUCUUAAGUUGCGAAAUCCAUCGGAUAGAAAAGUAUGUUUCAAAGUGAAGACUACAGCACCUCGUCGGUACUGUGUGAGACCCAACAGUGGAAUUAUUGACCCAGGGUCAACUGUGACUGUUUCAGUAAUGCUACAGCCCUUUGACUAUGAUCCCAAUGAAAAGAGUAAACACAAGUUUAUGGUACAGACAAUUUUUGCCCCACCAAACAUUUCAGAUAUGGAAGCUGUGUGGAAAGAGGCAAAACCCGAUGAAUUAAUGGAUUCUAAAUUGAGAUGUGUUUUUGAAAUGCCCAAUGAAAAUGAUAAAUUGGGUAUAACUCCACCAGGGACUGCUCCAGCUGUCACUUCAGUAAGCAACAUGAACAACACAGUUGCAACUCCUGCCAGUUAUAACAUGAAGAAUGACCCCAGGGGACUCAAUGUGUACAAACAGGAGAAGCAGAAGAAUGAUAUGGAACCUAGCAAAGCUGUUCCGCUGAAUGCAUCUAAACAAGAUGGACCCAUGCCAAAACCACAUAGUGUUUCACUUAAUGACACUGAAACAAGGAAACUCAUGGAAGAGUGUAAAAGACUUCAGGGAGAAAUAAUGAAGCUGUCAGAAGAAAAUCGACACCUGAGAGAUGAAGGCUUAAGGCUCAGAAAGGUAGCACACUCGGAUAAACCUGGAUCAACCUCAACUGCGUCCUUCAGAGAUAAUGUCACCAGUCCUCUUCCUUCACUUCUUGUUGUAAUUGCAGCCAUUUUCAUUGGAUUCUUUCUAGGGAAAUUCAUCUUGUAGAGUGAAGCAUGCAGAGUGCUAUUUCUUUUAUUUUCUCUUGACCAGAAAAAGAUGUGUUUACCUACCAUUUCAUUGGUAGUAUGGCCUACGGUGACCAUUUUUGUGUGUGUGUACAGCGUCAUAUAGGCUUUGCCUUUAAUGAUCUCUUACGGUUAGAAAACAGAAUAAAAACAAACUGUUUGGCUACUGGACAAAUUGUAUAUUACCAGAUCAUCACUAGCAGAUGUCAGUUGCACAUUCAGUCCUUUAUGAAAUUCAUAAAUAAAGAGUUGUUCUUUCUUUGUUGUUUUAAUAAGAGUUCAAGAAUUGUUCAGAGUCUUGUAAAUGUUAUUUUAAUAAUCCCUUUAAAUUUUAUCUGUUGCUGUUACCUCUUGAAAUGAUUUAUUUAGAUUGCUAAUCCCACUCAUUCAGGAAAUGCCAAGAGGUAUUCUGUGGGGAAAUGGUGCCUCUUACAGUGUAAAUUUUCUCCUUUACCUUUGCUAAUAUGGCAGAACUUUUCUUAUCCCUUGUGAGGCAGUUGUUGACUGAGUUUUUCAUCCUUACAAUUCUGUCCCAUGGUAUUUAACAUUAAAACAAAUAAAACUAUUAACAGAUUCUUGCUCAA